AUGCAACAGUCAACACCCCAAGGUAGUCAAAUACUCAUGAGCUAUAUCAACUUUGAUCCCAUCACGUCUCCAACUCCUGUGCUGAACAACCAUGAUGCAGGGAAAACAGAAGAAGAGGCAUAUAAUUCCCUCAUCUGUGAUUUCAUGGCUGACCUCCCCAUCGUGUCAAAGCAGAUGCCUGUUGUUUUGCCUACACGCUAA